GAGGAGGGGGGGGGACAAAAAAAACAAUGAAUCACCACAAUCUCCUGUUUAAAAAAAAAAAAAUCUAUUAUGCUGUUCUCGUAUUCAUGAAGUUCAGAAGACAUAUGGGAAAAACAUUAGCCUCUAUAUUCACCAGGGUCCUCCCACCCUUUCCGUCUUGCUCUCUAAUCCGCCCACAUGUACCGUCUGAGGGAGAAAAAAUAGUGCAGGAGGUGACGCUCCUCCGAAGGAACAGAGAGAGAGGGGGGAGGCAGAGGGAGAGGUGUCUACAGGCUGCAUCUUCACUGAAACAUUUGGAAGAGGGGGGAGACAGAGGAAGAGCCUGAAUGGUAGCUACACCCUGCGCCUGGAAGCGUAGAGAACCAGAGAGAGAGCGAGCGAGAGAGAGAGAGAGAGGCGCUGUGACCAGAGCUGCCAGCUUUUUCUUUUUCUUUUCCGUUUUUUGGCAAUAACAAAGAGGUGGGAGAGACAGAACAUAGCAUAAAUAAGAAGGGGGACUUCUGCUUCAUUUCAUCCGAGAGACUCCAUCCCUUUGCCAUCAUCAGCAGCAUGACCAUAAGCUCUAUAAGUAACAUCCGGCAAUAAUAGCAACGGGUAUCAAUGCGAGGUUUCCAGCAACAGAUGCGCGCGAUUUGAUUUUGAUUGGAGAGAGAGAGAGAGAGAGAUAGAGAGAGAGAGAGAAAAAAACCACAACCCUCCCAAAAAAAAAAAAAGAUCAACUGAAUGCCUGCGAGAAACUGGACCCUGAAAUCAAAAGGCAGAGCCAUCAAACAGAGAAAUCUACAUUGUGAUUGAUCUUUUUUUUUUCUAAAGCUUCAUGUGCGUCUCUGCGCGCACUCGAAACGAACCUGAGCCAAAAGCAAACUCCUCCCUCCUCCUCCUCCUCCGCCUCCCUUCGGUUUCUCGCAUCCCCCCCUCCCCUCCCCCCGGUGCUCUAUGCUCAGUUCGGUGUGUGUAUCCUCUUUCAAAGGGCGCAAGGGUGGGAACAAGUCGUCCAACAAAGCAUGUUACAGCGCAGACAUGACUUGUCCGUCGGAAAGCGAGAAAAUCGUGAUAAACUGCGGGGGGGUGCGCCAUGAGACGUACCGGAGCACCCUGAAAACGCUGCCCGGGACCCGCCUGUCGUGGCUCACCGAGCCGGACGCCUUCAGCAACUUCGACUACGACCCCAAAUUGGACGAGUUCUUCUUCGACCGCCACCCGUCCGUCUUCUCCUUCAUCCUCAACUACUACCGCACCGGGAAGUUGCACUGUCCCAACGACGUGUGCGGUCCGCUGUUCGAGGAGGAGCUGGCCUUCUGGGGCAUCGACGAGACGGACGUGGAGGCGUGCUGCUGGAUGAACUACCGGCAGCACCGGGACGCCGAGGAGGCGCUGGACAGCUUCGAGACGCCGGAGCCGGACGCGCCGGACGACGACCCGGCUCUGGGAGGCGCGGACGGGGACCUGAAGAGACUGUGCCUGCAGGAGGACGCGCGCAGAGCGGGCUUUUGGAAGACCUGGCAGCCCAGAAUAUGGGCUCUGUUCGAGGACCCCUACUCCUCCAAAUACGCGCGGUAUGUGGCAUUUAUUUCCCUGUUCUUCAUCCUCAUCUCCAUUUCCACUUUCUGCAUGGAGACGCACGAGGCCUUCAACACCAUCCUAAACAAGACAGAGAACGUGACCAAUGGCAACGUAACCCGUGAGGAGAUAGUGUACGAAGUGGUGACCGACAGCUGGCUGACGUAUGUGGAAGGCGUGUGUGUCAUUUGGUUUACCAUUGAGGUCUUGCUGCGGGUCAUCUUCUGUCCAGACAAGUUGGAGUUCUUCAAAAGUGCCCUCAACAUCAUCGACUUUGUUGCCAUCCUGCCCUUCUACCUGGAGGUCGGCUUGAGCGGUCUGUCCUCCAAAGCUGCCAAGGAUGUCCUGGGGUUCCUGCGUGUCGUCCGAUUUGUCCGUAUCCUCCGAAUCUUCAAGCUCACUCGUCACUUUGUGGGUCUCCGUGUCCUUGGCCACACCCUUCGUGCCAGCACCAACGAAUUCCUCCUGCUCAUCAUCUUCUUGGCGCUUGGUGUUCUCAUCUUUGCUACUAUGAUCUACUAUGCUGAGCGAAUCGGGGCAGACCCGGAGGACCCAACGGCCAGCGCCCAUACAAACUUCAAGAACAUUCCCAUUGGAUUUUGGUGGGCCGUGGUGACAAUGACCACAUUGGGUUACGGUGAUAUGUACCCAGAGACAUGGUCAGGAAUGCUCGUUGGCGCGCUCUGUGCCUUGGCUGGUGUGCUAACCAUCGCUAUGCCCGUACCUGUCAUCGUCAACAACUUCGGCAUGUACUACUCCCUGGCUAUGGCCAAGCAAAAGCUGCCCAAAAAGAAGAACAAGCAUAUCCCUCGAGCACCUCAGCCGGGGUCGCCCAACUACUGCAAGCCAGACGCCCUGGCAAUGGCUACUGCCUCACCGCAAAGGAUCUUGGGAAAUGUCUUAGGUGGAGUGAUGGGGUCCGGAGGCAUAGGAGGCGACUGUCCUCUCGCUCAAGAGGAAAUCAUAGAGAUCAACAGAGAUUCUAAGCAGAACGGAGACGCAGCCUCGGCUGCCUUGGCUAACGAAGACUGCCCCACCAUCGACCAGGUGCUGAGCCCGGACGAGCGGAGCCCCAUCGGGCGGGGCCCCACUCGGGAACGCUACCAGCAGGACCGAGCCUGCUUCCUACUCAACACCAGGGAAUUCCGCGCCACAGAUGGGAAUGUGCGGAAAGAGGCAGCAGCCCUGGCUCCCAGCCCAGACUCCCCUCUGACUGAGGAUUGGUAUAAGAUGGAGGGGUCUCUGUUACAGCAGGACCUCAAUGCAAACUCCACCUCCUCCUGGAUCAAACCGUAGCGCAGAGGCCGCCACUGCAGUGCAAGUGUAACUAAAGUCUGACUCUAGUGUUAAGUUUCUAGCAUUCGCCUUCUCUGUUAUGAGGAGUCAAUAACUGGUAAACAAAAUUGCGGCGGGAGCCACAUGCGCUACAGGCUUGUCACGGAUGGACAGUUGAAAGGAGAUCUUUGAGGUGACGAGGAAGACCAGAGGGUAAUCCUGAAUUUAAAAAAAAUAUAUAUAAAUAUAUAUCACAUGGUCUGCUCCUCACAUUGUUACCAAAGCAGCCUCUUGGAUCGCCAACCACACUUUUUGACAACAGUUCACCUGCCGCCCCCUCCCACCCAGUUCUUUUCCCUUACCCCUGAUUCCUUUUCCUUCAAGCUGACUGAGCAUUGCACUGACACACUUUUGGAGAAAACAGGACUCCUGAUGACACAUUCCAGAUGACAUCUCUCUGACAGUGUUUUAUGAACGCCAUCCUGCUUAUUGACCAAAUCAGCACCGCCUGCCGUGCUGAACCACUGAGCAAGUUUCCAGUCAAGCACUCGUCUAUCACCUGGACUCAACGAACAAUGUAGCAUUUCUGCUAACACACUGUAGCAUCCGUUGGUUGGGGGAAUACCUUGACCUAAAAACCCAUCCGUCCACAGUUAAUGAGAGAGAAAAUUAUGCAUUCAAGGGAUCUUCUAGAUGUCACUCCUGUAUUCCUUACCGGUGAAGAAGAAGGAAGAAAGUCGAUGAGGGAGCACAUGAGAGACAAAGGAUUGGUCUUAUUCAAUGCACAAAUAUGAGACGAAUCACAAAUGCACAGUCUUUAACGGCAUCCCCAGAUAGUCCCUUGCUAAAAGUUUCGCACUUGUAUAGUCUUCCAUUAACUUCUAUUAGACUGAAGUACUGCCCUGCUCAUCAAACAGCACUAACUCUGAAGCCGAACAAUCGAAGCACAUGUAGCAUUGCCUGAAACAAGUCAUAGAAGUCCGUUUUAUGAUCGCCCCCCCCCAAAAAAAAAACAGUCUCCAUCAAUAAAUAGUGGGAAAAGACUGAUCUUUAUCUCUCAUGUACUGAUGUGGGCUUGCACGAAAAAUCUAUGUUGGGUACCAAAGGUCCUUUAGCAUGCACUUGCUGAAUGACCCCCUGUAAUGUACAGUAGGUUAGUAAAGAUGUUUAAAUAUAGGGCGAGGCUUCUUUUCCCUCUCAUGCUAACCAUCGUCAUUUAGUCCUUUAACUGCCAGUAGCUUCCCGUGCCUCACUGCACAUGUAAGAACCGUGCCCGUGUAAGGGUGACGCGGACAUGAGGAGUGAAUAGACUGACCCGGAGGAGUCAAACCCUGUCGGGAGAUCGGCCUACCCUGCCUAAAUUACCACCAAAAUGCAUUCUGCAUUGUUUUCAACGGGACCAAUCUGAUGAAUAUUUCCCCAACACUGCCGAUUAGGCGCGAGACUCCUCUAAUGCAUACUGCCCUGCCUCUCUCUUGUCCCUCUAGCUGCCAACAAGUGCUUCACUGAAGCUCAUGGGUGGAGGGGAGGGGGGGGGGGGAGUCCUUUUAGGCCAAAAAGGAUGUAUUCAGAGAAGCGGACCAAGAGUAGAGCAAGCGUGGACGUGUACAAAGAGAACAAAUCUAUAUUUUGAUAAACAAAUCUAUGAUGCUCCAUGACUUCGGAGAAGGGUUCCUGUCCAGAAAGGCGGGAAAAGAAAAAAAAAAUCAACAUGUUACACAAGAUUGAAAAGAAAAUUUGCAGGUGGAAAAGAUGCAAGAAAAGAAGUAUUCCUUCAUGCUGGGGUGUGCAACAUAAUUUAACCCACAGGCGUUGGGGAAAAAAAAAAAAAGUUUUUUUGAAAGACCUUAAGCAUUGACGGACUCGGAGGUGGAAAAGACAAAGUAUGGACAAUAAGAAUAAUGGGGGAAAAAAUGCAUUUUUGUAACUUUGUUUACCAGCAUGACUACUUUGCAUGACUGUCUUUUCUGCAAGCCCUUAGUUGAAGACAAGGGUGCUAGAGAUACAAAAAAGUAUGUAUAAAAUAAAUUUAAAAAAUGUUAUAUGCAAUUAAUGUUUUAAAAAAAGAGUAUAAUUAAAGAGAAGAGCUAUAUUUUCUUUUGAAAAGUAAAAAAAUGUGAAUAUUGAAACAUGUAUGUUUGCAAAGUACACCCUGAACUAUGUUUUGUUUGAUGAAAUCUCUCUGCUACUACUGCCCUACACUCUCCAUUCCAGUGUUUACGACCUCUGCCAUAUUUUUUAUUUUUUAACGCGUUGAGCAGCAUACUUUCUAAACAUUCAGUCGGCUAACUUUGCCCGUAGCAGUGGCGCAAAGUACUCUAGUUGUUGUCACUCACAGAGUCCAUGAUUCCUCCUUGAAUUAUUUGCACAUCUUCAGUAGCAAAAGCAGCACCCAUAGCGAAACAGCAGCUCUCCAUGUCGCAGUUCCGAAAGCUUGAUUAAUACUCAUAGUUUGCUUGUUUUCUUUGGCAAUAACGCAAGAGUUGUCACGACUGUAGCAGAUAGACGUCUGAGAGUCCUUUGAGUUGCCUUCAAGGCUUCGGUUUCGAAGGGAUUCUUGAGAGCCUCGGAUGCGUCCUUUGCAGAGACAGCAGUCGAGCCCCUCUGCAGAAGAACAGGAAGACCCAAUAAGAUUCUAAAAGAUGCAAUAUGGUAAGGAGUUAAGAGAUUUUAUGUUUGCAUGGAAGUGACUGCCAUUCCAAAGUCAAGAGUGUGGGCUUCAGGACUCAGGUGUGCUGAUAGUGUGCGUGGAUGUCUUUUGCUUUUUUCUUUCGAACAUAAUAAAUCCUAGUAUAUAGAAACAUGAUAAUGUGAACACCUCACAGUGAUGUGUUAAAAAAAAAAAAAGAACAAACAAACAAAAAAAUAAUAAUUAAACGCAUGCAUUGUGACUUGAUAAUCUCUCAAGGGGGAACAGAGUCUUGCCAUUUCCCCUCAGCCUUCUGUCAUUGUUUCUGUCACGAUUCCAGUACGGAUAACUUUAUAAACACUGUGCCGUGUUGUAGAGCAGCAAAGUCUUCCUCGGAGAGGCAACUGAAAACUACUCACACUCACAGUGUCAGCAUGAGUGCGUAGAGGUAGCUCGUCUUCAUUUUUUUUCUCCUUUGUUUUAAAGGUCAGAUCUUGGCGUCUGUCGUUACCGUACGGUCGAGUUCUUGUCAUCCCGCUGGCUAACUCAUCGCAUCACACAACGCAGUCAUGCAAGCACCAAUCAAAGAGACCCAGAGCUUCCAAUAUGAUGUCAGAAAGUGAGACAGAAAGGGUUAAGAAGUAGCGGUGUCCACCUGGGGGAGACUGAUAAUGAUGAAAAUGGGGAAUAGUCGCAGAAAGCCAAAGGCGAUCUGAGUGCUGGGGGGUCUUCCAGAACCUCUUCUUUGAUUUGGAUUUCCUCGUGAGUUUCAGGCCCCGCUGGUCCGGGGUUUAGCUCAGGCAGCUGAAUGGUCCUCCGCCCGUUUCUCGUACAUUUUGGCUGGAGGCUCGCCAGAAUACAGUGUGAUGUUAGACUACGGAGAACGUUCAACAGUUCUGUUGAGUCUGCGCGGGUUUUACAGGGUCGAGAACUUUCUCUAUUUGCAAAAACGUCGUGGGGGGUUACAUAUCUUCUUACAACACACCCAGUUCUUAUUUUGAAAGAUUCUCAGAGCCCGGAUGGCCACAGAGGUUUUUCAGAGGUGGCGUGCACACCGGCAAAAAAAAAAACAACAAAAAAACGUUUGUGCUUCACCCAAUUCUUUGUCAUUUUUUUGGCCAGAUAAUGUUUUUAUUUUCAUGCCACUGUUCUCCAGGGUUAGGUUUGCCAUAUCUUUGAUCUCCACAUUGUGACUGUGUCUGCCAGUGGCAGGCCGAAAAAGAUGUCUUUUUUUUCCCUAAUGCAUAAUACUGCCAUUUGAUUUAGACUCGGUGAACAGGAUGAGUUACAAUGUUGAUUGUGCUAAGUCUGUUUUAUUUUUUUUAGAGGUUUCUAUCUGUUUAAGAACGUAAAAAUCAACCUCAUGCAACCAAAAGACCAGAAAUGCUUUACAGGACAAGUAAAGGCCACCUUGUGUUGGUGGGAUCUGUCCUCUGCAGAUGUGGUCCUUGGACAACAAAUCCUCAACGGCAUCCUGUUUAUUUUACUUACAUGUUUUUUUUUUCCUUUAUAAAAAUGUUUUCAUUGUGUCUUUUUGUUUGAGGACACUGUAUGCAAUCCACACCAUGAAUGCCACUGAUGGACACUUACUGUAUGCUCCCUGAGACGCAGAUGUGCUGCCAUCAGUUCAGAGGUUUUCAGCCACUUAUAUCAUGGCUUUAUAGCUUUCCAUAGAGUUACAUAGCAAUCACAUAUGUCUAAAAAAGAUUAUUUUACAACUGAUAAAAAAUAUAGUUGUUUCAGAGCAAAUUAUAUCAUAUUAUAUAGAGUUUUCUAGUAUAUUAAAUGUUAUUUUAAUUAGAAAAAUAUGACAAAAGUCAAACCACUUUAUAGACAUCUAGUUUAACGCAUCGCACAUCGACAUAGCAUCCCAAAGAUUCAUUUUACAUGCUAUUAUUGUGUAAAACAGACUUAGGUACUGGUCCAUUGUACUGUGGUCUUAAACGGAGCCUGAAUGGGGACAAGAGGUGGUCACUGGAGCGUCAGGUUGUGACUUAUGCCGGAUUUCAUUUUUGAAAUGUUGGGACACGAAGAACAAUUCAUCAAGAACUGUAUAAAGUAUAUUUCAAUGGAAUGUUCAUGAUCUAUCUUUUUAUAUUUUCAAGAGAAAAAAAAAUCAAACAUAUCAAUAAAGCGUCAUAAUUGAACCUAUUUCUACUAUUGAGACUUAAAAUGUAUGAAUGUCAAUGCGAUCUAAUGUGAACCAACCUGCAUUGCAGCUUGAAUGAAUAACUGGACAACAGUCGUGAGAUGCUUUUUCAGAGACAAUGAAAUUGCUUAAAAAUCACUGAGAUCAACCUAAAAUAAAUGAAAAAGUAAUCUCA